AGUUCCUUUGAACCCUUUCGUUCCAGAACGACACAACUCUAGAAACCAGCAACCAGCAAUAAAAGAAAUAAAGGAAAAAAGCAAAGAAAAUGAAAAAUAUUGGAUGUAGUUUUUGAUAGUCUUACGGGCAAAAAUACGCUUUAAAACAACAACGAAGAGAAGGUCGGUCGGUCGGUCUGAUGGUCAGUUGGUCGGCCAGGGAACACAAAACUCAUUCGCAUGCAAGGUAUUGUGGAUUUCGAUGCUAAAUGUGCUGUUUUCAUCGUCGAAAGAUAUUUGCUGCUCCCGUGCUGAAUUCCACUUCGGCAUAAACUUUGUAAAAAUUCUGGGCUUGACAGAAUUUUGCAAUUUUCAAUCAUCAUCACUAGUGCUAUCGGAAAAACGGCAGACACCACGUCAAGCUGGCAGCAAGAAUUUCGCAAAGAAAAACCAAAACAAGAAAGGAUCAAAUUUCACACAUACAAAAUUCACUCUGCACUAUUGCUGCUGCUGCUGCCACUACUGUUGAAAGGAAGGAAGGAAGAAGGAGUUCGUUGAAAAGUGAAAGAAAGGCAACCGGCUGGAGGACACGACGAACAAUAGAAAUAAAACAAUGAAACAAGAGAAGAUUAGAGACCAAACUGAAGCAGAAAAAGACGAAGACGUAGCAUUAAUAGCAACUAUAAAAUCUGAAAUCAACAACUACAACUUCAAACAUUACCCCGCCAAUAGCAUUCAAUUUAAACUGAAACCAACCCAUAGAACGGCAGUCGGCAGACGUUACCAUAACAAACCCAAACAGCUGGAACAAGAACUAAACGAUAUACAACAACAAAAGCAACAACAAAUCUAUAAACAUCACAAUUGCAAUAGACAAUACAACUGCAACUCCAACUCCUCCACUACUCUAACUCAUAACAUUGAUCAAUAUCAGCACACUUGUCUUCUAACAUAGAUUCCCUCCUCCCACUUGGCUUGGCUGUAUUCUUCGAUAACACAAACUAUACACACUCUUAUACAGACAGACAGAAUAACAACAAACACCCAAUCAACAACCGACAUUGUUUUCUUUUGCUUGUCUUGGGAUUUUUUUGAAGUUGUGAUAGAUUUGAAGGGCAAUAAUGGAUUUGGAUAGAUUAUUCCAUGACUUGGAGUCCAAUCAAAAUUAUGAAUGUGAAGAAGCCAAAAGGAAACUGGCGGAACAUUUUACCCAGAUCAAGGAUCAAUGGCUGGUUCAUAAUUUAAUGGAAUAUUAUUUGAAGACUGGUUCCGUCCGUAUUAUUGAGGUAUUGAUAAAAGCUCAAGCACCACACGAUGGUUAUAUCUUUGAUCGUUUGGCCGACUGGCUGAAGACCCCAGCACAGCGUGUUAAUGCCUUGAAUCUAUUCUGUUUUGUGGUGCGCCGGCAUCCGACCUGGUUGUUUAAAGUGGAAAAACAUCGUUUGAUAAAGGACAUGCUGCAUUGGUUGAAACAAUUGGAGAUUGAAAAAGAAAUUGUACCUUUGAUGAGUGCCCUAUUGGCCAUUAUCACCCUAUUACCGAUCAUACCCAAUUUAGUACCGAAUUUCCUCAACGAUUUGUUUGCCGUCUUUGCCCACUUGGCCUCGUGGAACAGUCAACAUCCUAGUCGUUUGUCCGAAGACAAGCUGGUCCAUCUUCAGCUGGGUCUGCAAAUGUUAUUCCAUCGUUUGUAUGGCAUGUUCCCGUGUAAUUUUAUGGCAUUCCUCACGGACUUUAUACGCCGCGAAAAGGGUGCCAUAUUUCAGCAUACCAUAAAGCCGCUGCUGGAGACAGUACGUUUACAUCCCAUGCUGGUGACGGCCACCGUUGAUUCGGAAAUAAAUUCCGAACGAUGGAAAGAAAUCCAGCCGCAUGAUGUUGUGGUGGAGUGUAUGCGUCUAUCGUUGCCUAUGAAAUUCCAGGAUUUAACAUCGGAUGUGGCCGCCACCACAACAACAGCUGUGCUAUCCUCAUUGUCAAGCUCCUCAAGUACAACAACAGCAACAAGUACAUUUCAACAACUAACCGCCUCGGCAACUACCUCAUCAAUGGGACGCCAUCAUUAUGCCCUAAAGGAUCAUCAGCAUCGUCUGGGUUCAGUGGGUGGUGGUGGCGCCCAAUCUGGUAUUUGGAGUCCUUAUUAUGAAAUUGUAAAUUCUUCACAUACCCCCUUGACACCGACACCAUAUAUGAUGGCGCCGUCUACGUUAAAUCAAGGCUCUUUGGGUGUUAGUGGCUGUUCUCCACCCGAAGCGGCGGUGGAGGCUACACCGGAAACCACGCCUUUGAAAGACAACCGAGAGUUGAAAAGACCUUCAAUUGGCGGUGGCGGUGCCUCCGGUGUGGUUAAUCCUCUAGCGGUGAGGGCCAUAUUUACCAAUAGUCAACCCUCAUCUCCACAUCGGGGCAAAGAUCAGCAUCAGCCUCCAACGCAACACCACUAUCAACAGCAACACUUUAAUUUCCCUGAUGUUAGCUCCUCAGGAGGUGCCAGCAGCAGCAGCACCAGUACCACCACCUACGUUGAACAGGAACUCAAUACAAGGGUCAUUACCCGAGUCACCCGCUACGAUCAUAAGGUACAACAAAUGGUGCACGAUCGCAACAAAUCCCAAAGCCCCUUUCAGACAAUAGAAGCCCAGACGGCAAAAAUGGGAUUUCAAACCCCAACCGAAUUUUGUCGUACGCCGGACGUGGAUACUCACAGCACUGGGACAGGUGGUAGUGGUGCCCGUUACUACCAAUCGAAUUCGAUUACUCCCCUCUCGGCCCUCAACAAUGACCCAUGCUGUGCUGUGGCGGUGUCCUCGGCGGCUAUGGACAUACCCAUAACCAAAGUAUGUGAUGAAUGCAAUGAAACUGAUCAAACCCUGUGUACCGAAGGUGGCCUUCAAAUGCCCACUAGUCAUUCGAUGCAUCUACUGGCCAAAGGCAUAAAGCGACGCAAUCGCAUGACCAGCUAUUGUUACAAUGAGAAGAGUUGUGAAAAAAUCGGUGUCAAUGGCAACAAUUGUUCCGGAGAUUCGUACAAAACGCUUCACAAGGUUCGUAGAACCAAAUCCCUAUCGUCGUUGUAUUUGGUUUCAUCGAAAACCUCACAGAGUUCCGGUGAUCUAUCGGAUACCAAUGAAGAUGAUGGUCUGCCAUCACUGGGAAUGGCAACGGCCACAACAAUGCCGAAUAGCGAAAGACCAUUGCAAAAAUGUCCCAAGAUGUUGGCCAUUGAUUCGGUGCUGAAAAAUUCAAUGCAAAUGAAGGCGGCGGUGACGGCGUCUGUGACGGCGCCGUGCGAAGAUAAGUCGGUGCAAACGUUGGAAGCCGUACCAUUGCCCAAUCACGAGAAUUCCUUGCUGCAAAUGCUGAUGGAAACCAACGAAUUUCGUAACGCCUAUGAGGCCAAGCGACAAACACCCAAUGAAAUUCUCGAACAAUUCAUUGCUCGUGGUCUGCGCAACAACAGCAUGGACAGCUUGGACAAGGAACAAUUUCAGUUGCUCUAUCUACAGCUGCAGUACGAACGUUAUCGUCGUGAAAUACACGCUGAGCGUAAUCGUCGUUUAAUGGGCCGUUCACGCGACAAACGUUCCCUGGAAAUGGAACGUGAACGUCUGAAGGAACAGCUGAAGGAUUUCGAAAUGAAAAACAAAGAGCUUAGCUCGCAACUGGACAAAACGAAAAAGGCCACCAACGAGCGGGAACGAGAAUACCAAGAAGAGUUGUCCGCCCUAAAGACAAAGUAUCAAAAUGAAUUGGAGCAGAAUCGUUGCCUGCGCCAGGCCAAUGAAAAUCUCCAAACCAAAUUGACCGAUGAAUUGUCGCAGCGCAAAGACAUAAACUACGAAGUGGAAGCUUUACGGGGUCAGGUAUUUAGUUUGACAACAGAAUUGCAACAUGCUCAGCAACAGGCUGAGGUGGGUAUGCAGUGUCGCCAGGAAUUGGCGCGACUCGAGGCCGAUUUCAUAGUCAUGGGUGAGGUCCAAAUCCGGUGUCGUGACAAGCUGGCUGAAAUCGAUAAUUAUCGAUCGCGCGACGAAGAGCUGCAAGUUCUGCAAGAGGCCUAUAAUUUGGAGCUGAAGGAAAUAAAACAUAGCCUGGACGAUAAAACCUCUCAAUUAGAUAGCGCCCGUCAUAAAAUUCAGGAAUUACAUUCGCAAUUGUUAAACAGUGAAAAAGUGAUAACUGAACAAAAGCGCCUUUUAAGAGCUGUUAAAGAUGAAUACCAGGAGAAAUUUGAGGCCUUAAAUAAAAAAUAUGAAAUACAAAAAACAAUCAUGAUGCAAUUGGAAGAACAGUUCAGGAUGACGGUGCACAAGCCCCCAUCCACAGCGCCAGCACCAUCUUAUUCGCCGGAUACCGAUAAAACAGACAUUGCCUCCUCGGUGGAGCGCAACUCUCCGCUGUCCACAUCGUUGGCGUCGAGUGAAAGUCUAUCGACAAGCCUGCGUUCCUCGGAGUUGCGAAAUCUACAACCGCUAUUGGAAAAUCCCAUAGCUGAGGUAACAAGUGGCAUCAAAAUUGUCGAUGGCCAGCGUUUACCGCCGCAAACCUUAGAUUUGGCCUCAUCGGCUAACACGGCCACCAGUUUGCUAAACGAUCCAAAGGAACUAAAUUCACCUGAAAUGAUGGUGACAUCAGGCGUGGGCGGCAGCAGCUCUCACACUCGUUCUAUAACCAUGACGCACAUGCAUCCACAUCAACAUUUGCAGCAGCAACAGUCGUCAUCGUCGAUGUCUUCGUCAAAACACACGAUACAAACACAAGCAACGAAAGCAACAACUUCAUCAGCAUCAUCAUCAGCCUCAAUAGCAGCCGCAGCAGGGAAUCAGGAAAAAACACAUCAGCAAAAUCGUUGAUCAUUGCCACACCAAUAGUUUUCACACACAAACACACACGCACUUGGAGAGUGAAAUGUGUUGCCUUUUAAGUUCUGUCUUUGUUGUAGACGUACACACACACUCGAAAAAAAUCACAAGCUAAGCUGCCCUCUGAAAUUUGGAAAACAUUAUGCUCCCUUUUCUUUGCUUCUUACAAAUUUUGUAAUAAACGAUAAUAAUGCCAAGCAAAACGCCCAUAACGAAUCUUCUCUUGUAAUAACAAAACAAACAACAAAGUCGACACAAGGACAACGAUUUACUGACACUGGUGGUCAAGGUUUUAAAACUCAGCAAACAUUUUUAUUACACAACAACACUGCUAGCAGACAAAAUGACAGCAUCCAAAACGAGAGGGAAAGAGAGAGAAGAAACUCCCCGGCUUCUACACAACCCCCCUUCAUCACUACUCCUCCCCCUGCCACCAACUCACAAAUUGCUUUAAUUAGUUCUAUAUACCUCUUAUUUAAAUUAAUAUGUGUUUUUGUUUCGGUAUCUUAGAAAUAAUAAGCCUAAUUUACAACAGCACAGCAACAAUACCAACUACCCCAGCAAACAAAUCACACUUCUAAGACAAACUGGAAACCCCACAACAACAACAACAACAACAAACACCACCACCCACUCACUUAUCUAUCUACCAUAACAAUAAUAACAAUAUGUUAUGAAACUAACCCAAAACUAAGAAGGAAGAAGGAUCAAUAACAGAAAUCCAUCUACAAACUAUUAUUAUAAAUAAACAAACAACAACAAAAAAAAAUCGAAAAAUAUCAACAACAACAACAAAAGAAAACAAUAAAGCAAAUCAAAAAUCUA